CUCCUCUCUCUUGACUUCCGCCGCUUCGCCUCCAGCAAGAAAAAGAAAUCCAAGAUGCCUCCAAAGAAGGCUCCCGUCCAAGAAAAGGUCCUUUUGGGCCGUCCCGGAAACAACUUGAAGAGUGGUAUCGUUGGUCUCGCCAACGUAGGCAAGUCCACACUGUUCCAGGCUAUCACCAAGUCGGGCCUUGGUAACCCCGCCAACUUUCCAUAUGCCACCAUUGACCCUGAGGAGGCCAAGGUCAUCGUUCCUGAUGAGCGAUUUGACUGGCUGUGUGAGCACUACAAGCCCAAGUCCAAGGUUCCUGCCAACUUGACCAUCUAUGAUAUUGCCGGUCUGACCCGCGGUGCCUCCACUGGUGCUGGUCUUGGUAACGCCUUCUUGUCCCAUAUUCGUGCUGUCGACGCCAUUUUCCAGGUCGUUCGAUGUUUCGACGAUGCUGAGAUCAUUCACGUCGAGGGUGAUGUUGACCCUGUCCGUGACUUGAGUAUCAUCAGCGAGGAGCUGCGGAUCAAGGAUAUCGAAUUCGUCGAGAAGGCGCUCGAGAAUCUGAAGAAGCAGACGAGACGUGGUGGACAGUCUCUGGAGAUGAAGAAGCUAAGAGAAGACGAGGCCACCACAGCCAAGGUUCUCGAGUUCUUGCAGGCGGGCAAGAACAUCAGACAUGGUGACUGGACCCCUAAAGAGGUCGAAGUCAUCAACCCUCUGUUCCUCCUCACUGCUAAGCCAGUUGUCUACCUGGUCAACCUGAGCGAGAAGGACUACAUCCGGCAGAAGAACAAGUAUAUUCCUAAACUCAUGGAGUGGAUUAAGACCAACUCCCCUGGAGACUCUAUCCUUCCCAUCUCCGCCUCUUUCGAGGAGCGUCUUACCCAGUUCGAGACCGAGGCGGAAGCCGAGGAGGAGUGCAAGAGGCUCGGCACUAAAUCUGGUCUACCCAAGGCCAUCGUGCAAAUGCGCCAGGUUCUAAACUUGGCCAGUUUCUUCACCACUGGUGCUGAUGAAGUUCGCCAGUGGACCAUCCGGAAGAACACCAAGGCACCAGCCGCGGCCGGUGUAAUCCACGGUGACUUUGAAAAGACCUUCAUCCAAGCAAUUGUUUACAACUACAACACUCUUCGGGAGUAUGGUGAUGAAGCCGCGGUCAAGGCUGCUGGUAAAGUCAUGACCAAGGGUAAGGAUUAUAUUGUCGAGGAUGGUGAUAUCCUUUUGAUUAAGGCUGGCGCUGCCCGUUCUUAGUGAUACAUAAUCGAAAAUUUAUUACCUUUGCAUAUG